AUGGCUGCUCCCGCUCAAAAGUUCAAGGUCGCUGACAUAUCCCUCGCCGCCUUUGGCCGCAAGGAGAUUGAGCUUGCCGAGAACGAAAUGCCCGGCCUCAUGGCCACCCGCAAGAAGUACGCCGCCGACCAGCCGCUCAAGGGCGCUCGCAUCGCCGGCUGCCUCCACAUGACCAUCCAGACCGCUGUCCUCAUCGAGACCUUGACUGCUCUGGGGGCCGAAGUCACCUGGACCAGCUGCAACAUCUUCAGCACCCAGGACCACGCCGCCGCCGCCAUUGCGGCCGCCGGCGUCCCCGUCUUCGCCUGGAAGGGCGAGACGGAAGACGAGUACAACUGGUGCCUGGAGCAGCAGCUCGUCGCCUUCAAGGAUGGCGCCAAGCUCAACCUGAUCCUCGACGACGGCGGUGACCUCACCAGCCUCGUCCACUCCAAGUACCCCGACAUGCUCAAGGGCUGCUACGGUGUCUCGGAGGAGACCACCACCGGCGUCCACCACCUGUACCGCAUGCUCAAGGACAAGAAGCUUCUCGUCCCCGCCAUCAACGUCAACGACAGCGUCACCAAGUCCAAGUUUGACAACCUGUACGGCUGCCGCGAGUCCCUCAUUGACGGCAUCAAGCGCGCUACCGACGUCAUGGUGGCUGGCAAGGUCGCCGUCGUUGCCGGUUUCGGUGACGUCGGCAAGGGCUGCGCCGAAGCUCUCCACGGCAUGGGUGCCCGCGUCCUCGUCACCGAGAUUGACCCCAUCAACGCCCUCCAGGCUGCCAUGGCCGGGUACCAAGUCACCACCAUGGAGAAGGCUGCCAAGAUUGGUCAGAUCUUCGUCACCACCACUGGUUGCCGCGACAUCCUGACUGGCGAGCACUUCGAGGUCAUGCCCAACGACGCCAUUGUUUGCAACAUUGGGCACUUUGACAUUGAAAUUGACGUUGCCUGGCUCAAGGCCAACGCUCAGUCCGUCCAGAACAUCAAGCCCCAGGUCGACCGAUUCUUGAUGAAGAAUGGCCGCCACAUCAUCUUGCUCGCCGAGGGUCGCCUCGUCAACCUCGGCUGCGCCACUGGCCACUCUUCCUUUGUCAUGUCCUGCUCCUUCACCAACCAAGUCCUGGCUCAAAUCAUGCUUUUCAAGGCCAGCGACGAGGCAUUCAGCAAGAAGUACGCCGAGUUUGCCAGAACCAGCAAGCUCGAUGUCGGCGUUUACGUCCUGCCCAAGAUUCUGGACGAGGAGGUUGCCCGUCUCCACCUUGACCACGUCCAGGCUGAGCUCAGCACCCUCACCAAGGUCCAAGCUGACUAUCUCGGCCUUGCUGCGGAGGGUCCUUACAAGAGCGAUAUCUACCGUUACUAA